UCGUGUGCGCCUCUCACUUGGAACCAGCUGGGCCUGGAUUCGGAGCUGGAAUAGAGAUCCAGUGACCUCUUGUAGACAAAUGAACUGCUGUGGUUGAUUUUAAUAAUCUAUUAAAGAGGCAAAUAUUUAUUUUUUGUUUGAUUCAAGUGCUCCAAAUAUUUACAAAUAGUCGAUUUGAUUAUUGAAUCCCAUGUGUAGACAGGGCCAGUGUGUGUUUACGGGAUUCGUCCGGUGUGUCUAUUGAGGAAAUAGCAAUUCAAUUGUGUGUUAAUUGAGUUUUGUUGUGACUGAUUGGUGAAUUUUUAGAAUUAGGGAAAAAUGAUCAAAACGGAAGAACACGCAGAUUCCAGUACGGUUGCCGUUUCUGGAGGCUACCAUUAUCGAAAUAUUUCCUCGAACAUUGUGGUGGCCACGCCGCACAUUAUUGAGAACCCUGCACUGCAAAGUAUGGAUAACCAUUACCAUUAUCAUGGUGCUAUAUCUUCGUCGCAAAUCGACGUGAAGAACGAGAUGGACGAUCGCAACUCUCCGGCUUACCACGUGACGGAUGUGAAAAUGGAAACGGACAAGAUCCCUUCGAUGUAUCACCACUUCGACAAGAUCUCCUCGUACUACAUCAACCGAUCGCCGUAUCUGAUAUCGCAAGUGAACGAGGAUUCCGAAUAUGCCGAGCCUCGUGCCUCGUACCUUUCUCAGCUGGACAAUUCCAUCAACACCAUGAAGCUCUCGGAUUCCGUUUCCAUACCGCCAUUGAUUAACUAUCAGUCCCUAUCGCACCCAGACAUGGCGUCUCUGCAGCGCUGUCGAAGCAACGGCAGCAGCGGAGGUCAUAUUUCGCCGACUUCGUCUAUGAACUCGACGCCUCUGCCCACCAUAAGCAACGUCCAUUCGAUGGUGGUUCAUCCCACCAGUAGCACCAGUGGAGGUCACAUUACCAUCAAUCAAAAUCCAAUGCUUCACAAAUCGCAAUCAUCGUCGCCGAUAACUCCGGCGGCAUCACCGACUCUGUCCAGUUCAUCGCAACCAACGUCGGGGAUGAGCAACUCAGCGGCAGCGGGGCAGAAUAAGAAAUGCACUGCCGCCGGAAACGGAAGUGGCGAACAGCAGCUGACCAGUACGACCGGGGCCGGAGAAACCGGAUCGAAGAAAACGAAUGGAGGCCGAAGGCAGGAGAAGCCUCAGCUCAGCUACAUCAAUAUGAUUGUGAUGGCGAUCAAGGAUUCGCCCCACCGGAGAAGGACGCUCAGUGAGAUCUACAAGUAUUUGCAGUCGAAGUAUGACUUCUUCAACGGUGAAUACAACGGGUGGAAGAACUCCGUCCGGCACAACCUUAGUCUGAACGAGUGCUUCAAGAAGCUGCCGAAAGAGUGCGGCAAACCGGGCAAGGGCCACUACUGGACCAUCGAUGCUUCGGCCGAGUACAUGUUCGAAGAUGAGGGAAGUCUACGGCGGCGGCCACGUGGCUUCCGCCGGAAGCAACAGUUGAAAGCCUACACCGGUGGCAGUGCGUUCUAUCCGGCUGGGAGCGGAGGGUACGAAAUUUCCGUUCCCGAACUACCGAGCGGUUACAUCUCGCAGCCGUACGCUUCGUACGACUAUCCGAACGCAAAUGGGCAGACAUUUGGCGCGGAUUCGUGGCACUACCCGUCGGAAGGUCUGAGUCAGUAUUCGAAAAUCACCCACACCUCCCUGCACGAUCAUCAGCCGCCUCCGGGCUCGCCGGGACAACAACAGCAGCAGCAGCAGAACCAAGGCUCAAGUGUACUGGAUUAUGGCAAUUACUCGUUCGCUGCCAGUUCGUACAACAUCGAUAAUGGUCUGAAAAUGGCACCCCUCUCGCAGAUGGUUCAGUCCGACGGAACGCCAUCGCCGUCAUCCGGUGGAAGCAGCGGUGCACAACCCGGAGGAGAAGGAGGAGGAGCAGGAGUAGUGACUAUGACACCGACAAAUGGCAGUCCCCAACAACAGCACUCGGCCAUGGGAACGGUCGUCGGCUCCGGAAUGACGCACGGCUGCGGUAAGGUGAUAACCGGUUAUGCUGGUUCCCCGCUGGGUGGCAGCCAUUCGGCAAUGCUCACGGCGCAGCAGCUGCACCAUCAUCAUCCGCAUCAUCCUCACCAUCCGCACCACCACCAUCAUAAUGGAUCCAAUUCGGGACUGAACACGGUGCUGACUUCGAACGUGCAGUACGAACAUGGGAAAUAUGCUGCAAAUUGAUGGCGGGUUUAUUUUUUUUUCUUCGGGGAUCAAAUAAUGGGAGGUCAGCUCACAAAGAUGGAAGGACGUUGCAUGAAUGGCUAUUGGGUGGAAUCUUACAGUAC